AUGUGCAAGAUAGAAAGGGAAGAGAAAGAUACAAUACAGUUAAUUAAUGCAUUGUUAUCAAGUUUAAAUUUAAAAGAACUAAUAUCUUUACAGUAUAAAAUUAUCAAAAGAAUAGAGUUAAUGAUAGAUAACCCAAUUGCUAAAAAAUGUGAAGAGAUCAGAAAUGUUAAUAUACCUAAUAAAGAAUUGUUAUCAACUGACCUUUUCUCAAAUUCCAUAGAUUACCGCCAUCAAAAUUCAAGACAAAAUGACAUUAAAAGGGAAAUUAAUGGAUUAUUGGAUAUUGUAGAUGAUAGUCAAGACUUAGUGUUAACUCAAUAUAAUACUAACACUAACACUAACAUGCCAUAUGGUGGUUCACAAUUGAAUACACAGGUCGAGGAACAUGCUUUUAUCAAAGAGAAUGGCAGUUCUCCUUUAAAAGAAUCACAAGACAUCAAGUUAACAAACCUAAUACGAGCUAGAAGACAAAAUAGUAAAAACUCAUAUCACAUGAAUAAUAAUAACAAUAAUAACAGGACAAAACCUAAUACUACAACAACUGGUGAAACGAAGGGUUCUCAAGACUUAGAUAGUAAAAUCCCUAGUGAACCAAUUCCUCUUUUAAUGACAAAACAUUCCUCAGCCAAAAAAGUGAACUUUAAUAUUAACCCAAUCACAAAGAAACCGUGGAUUUUAGAAGAUUUUAAACCAAAUUGUCAAGUCACAGACAUUAAAAGAGGGAGACAAAAAUUGGAACAAUUUUAUGCAAAAGUUGGUAAACCGAAUCAAGUUUAUCCCAGUAAACAGGACCAUUGUCAUUCAAAUAUAAAUGAUCUGUAUGGAUUAAAUAAGAGCAAUAGCGAAUACUUGUUUGAUAAUUUGAGGCACCGUUCCAGAUCGCCACCAGGUUAUGGUAGAAUGGAUUUUCCUUCCACACAGGAACGUACUGAGGAUAAAAUAAAGUCACAGAGGAUUAUCUAUGAAAAGACAUUAUAUAGAUUUCAUGCUGCAACAAAUUCAAUGACACCGUCAUUUGAAAGAGAAUUUCUGUUCAAGAAAGAUCUCUUAAAUACAAUAGUAGAUGACAACAAUUUCACCUGGAAUGAAAAAAAUCUUAAAAUAUUUUUACGUUCCAAAUAA